CUUCGGAUCCCCCCGUUCUUCCAUCCUUGCGCCUUCUUUCUCCCUCGUCUGCAUUGCUUUGCUCUCCUUCUCCGGUACACACCUCGCUCCUUUGUGUGUUGGUUUCAAGUUGAGGGCAUCUCACUCAUUACUGCCAUCUACGCUCUCUUUGAUCCAUCGUGUCUUGUUGUCAAUAAAACAGCCGUGAUACCCCAUUCUGUUUUGCACGCCAUCCAACAAACAAUCUCUUUCACAUUCCAUCACAAUGCAGCUCAAGAACUCCAUGCUCCUGCUCACCGCGCUGGCGGCUGGCUCCACGGUCGCCCGCCUGCACGGUCAUGAGCGCCGUCACCACCACAAUGACAAGCGUGCCGUCGGUGAUAUCGUCGUUGCUACCAUCGACGGUGAAAAGGUCUCCUGGAAGAACGAGUGGUCUGGUGUCGCCGCCACCGUUGCCGUCGAGGCUGAGGCCGCCGUGACCCAGAUCGCGGUCGAUGCCAAACCCACUCAGGUGUCCGUCACCAGCUCUGUUGUCGCUUCCGUCUCGGCCGUUCCCACUGCUGCCACUUCUUCCAGUUCCUCCACUGGAGCCACUGCUUCUGGCUCUUGCUCCAGCUGGACCCAGACCCUGUCGAGCGGUGACUACUCUCGUGCCGGCUUCGGCAAGUCGACGGUCAGCAAGCGUACCACCGACGCCAUCUACUACACCGGCAACGUCGGCAGCCCCUGGGGCAGCAACAUCAUCGAGGUCGACGCCAGCAACGCCUGCCAGUACAAGCAUGUCGUCCGCAUUGAUGGCAGCGAGACGGACGACUGGACUGUUGUCUUCUGGAACAAGAUUGGCCCCACUGGAGGUCUGAACGGCUGGUACGGCCACUCUGCUCUGACCCUCACUAUCAAGCCUGGUACUUCUCGGUACGUGGCCUUCGACGACGACUCCCAGGGUGGUUGGGGUGCCGCCAAGGGUGACAAGCUCCCCACUGACCAGUACGGCGGCUACUCGUGCACCUGGGGUGAAUUCGACUUUGGUAACACUAGCAAUGACGGCUGGUCCGGCUGGGAUGUGUCUGCCAUUCAGGCCCAGAACGCCGGUCAGGAGAUCCAGGGUAUGAAGAUCUGCGACCACACCGGCAGCGGAUGCUCUACUAUCACCAACUCGGCCAGCAGCGUCAUCAACGCCUACACGGCUGCCCUUGCUGCUGCCGAUGGCAUUGGUGGUUCCGUCUCCGCCGGUCCUGUUCGUCUGCAGGUCAACAUCGACUUCUCUUAGAUGUGCCUGGUUGCUUUGAUUUGUUUCUUUUUCUGUUCAGAUAUUCCCUUCGAUACACUAGGCUUAGGGUUGGGGUGUUCUUGUGUGUGCAAGUCUGUACAGGUCCUUCGCUCCUCGCGGCUGGAAGUGAGGGUUACAUAACAUCCCAGCCCUUGCGUUAGUGCAGCGUCACGUUGACCUUGAGGAUUUACUUGUUACUUCAAUUGUACAUACAUACAUACAUAUACCACCGUGAUUUUAAGUUACUGCAGAUGACAAAGUAAAUAUCAUACUCUAGUGUACUUAUUUUAUAUAUGUUAAU